CCACUGGCGCUUAUCGAGAGUGCUUUGGAAGCAAAAUUCCUUUAUCCACCUAUCCACCACCAAUAGCACGAAACAAUUUCCGAUGCAGAUCAAUUAAUUUCGUCAAAAGUAGCACUUUCUAAAAGUUCUAAUGAAUCAUCAUUGGGUUUUUGCUCGUCUCUGGUAGGCCUGUUGGCAGCAGAGCAUCGGCCUCUCAAUACAAAAGGCCUUUGAGAAUUGACGCUAUAUCUAAUACUCAGCCGCAAUGACUUCAGUAUCCCUCCGUCAGCAAAAGCUGGAUCAGCAGAAACAACUCAUGGAGCAGAGACUUAAGCAAAAACGACAGACACCUGGCAUGGUGUUGGCCUCAGAUGCUCGACCAACCAUGUCCUCCAAGUCUCGAAAGCAGCAGUGGGUUCUUCAGGGAUCAAAUUCUAAGAGCCAAGAGUUGCAUGGCUAUGACGGUCCACUCCAUUUUUCAAUGGCCGAAGGCAGUCCGGACAGUGUCAACCCCAUUUCGGCUCCUGUCAAACCCUCGUCGCGUGAGGAUAUUGACCUCGAAGACCAAGAGUCAAGUCCAGUGGCCGAACCGUCCGAAGAAAUGUUACCAUUGGACUCGACGCAGUCCGAGGGCAGUUUUGCACAAAUGGAUUCACCUGGAGCUGGAGAUGACAGGGGAGGACAGCUUUUGCUCUCUGGCGUUUUAGGCAACUUGGAGCAGUUUGCAAUCGAACCAGCACCGCAGGGAGCUCUGGUCAAAUGCAGAAUCACCAGAGAUCGCAAAGGAAUGGACAGAGGGCUUUUCCCCACCUACUUCCUGCAUUUGGAAAGGGACGACGGCAAGAAAGUUUUCCUGCUGGCAGCUCGGAAACGCAAGAAGAGCGCCACCAGCAAUUACCUCAUCUCGACGGACCCGACCGAUCUGUCGAGAGCAGGAGAGUCUUUCGUUGGAAAGCUACGAUCCAACCUUUUGGGCACCCAUUUUACCAUUUUUGACGGGGGCCAGUCGCCCAGCAAGACAGGGAGCACUAACAAGAGCUCGCCCCGACAGGAAGUCGCAGCUGUUAUUUACGAGACCAAUGUUUUGGGCUUCAAAGGUCCAAGGAAGAUGACGGUUAUUCUGCCCAGCAUGACACCAGAACACAAAAGAGUGCCAUUUAGUCCACAGAACAAUGCGGAAAGUCUUAUUGAGUGCUGGAAGGCCAGAAGAAUGGAUUCAUUGAUUGAACUCCACAAUAAAACGCCAGUCUGGAAUGAUGACAGUCAGAGUUAUGUUCUUAACUUUCAUGGCCGAGUGACCCAGGCAUCAGUCAAGAAUUUCCAAAUUGUUCAUGAUAGCGACAUUGAUUACAUUGUCAUGCAGUUUGGUCGUGUUGCCGAGGACGUUUUUACCAUGGACUUCAGGUACCCGAUGUGUGCUCUUCAGGCUUUUGCCAUUGCUCUCUCUAGUUUCGACAGCAAACUAGCCUGCGAAUGAAUUAUCCAAUCUACUAUUGGUGUCCUUAAUUGAAGAUUAAUCCGUCGAGCUCGAUCUCUUCAAUGUCUUUUAAAAUGUAGCUGAAUCUCCGAGCACCAAAAAUUUUCAUACCAAAAUGAUGAUUAUAGUGGAGCAUGCAACGUUUUUUGGUGUGCAAAUGUAUUUUGAUCUGUCCUUGCGAUGUUUAGGAGCUGUGUGUGUGUGAAUAUUUCAAAAAUUGAUCUGUAUAUUCUUGGCUGUUGCGAGACUGUGCAGCUGACUUUUGGAACGUUUACCUGAUUCUUGCAUUUACACGUCAAAGUUUCGAACUCACAAAAAGGGAAACUCACCAAGCAAGCACCUUAACUGCUCCAAUCCAUACAAUGGUAGCCGUGACGUGUUUACUUAUUUUUGUAUUUUUCUAAGUAUGCUUUGUCCAUUUACAAAAUACGAUCGAAGCUCAAAAACGAUGAGAUCUCUUUUUUGCAUUUUCCGCCUCUCAUAUCAUGAAUCUGUGGUAACAAAACUAUUUUAUGUACUAUUUGUUAGACAGCAGUGACUUUUGCUGCAUCAACUAUUUGUGUUAGCAUACAGACGACAUACAAAUUUACAGGCUAAAUAUUGGAGCUUAACCAUUGUGGUAGUUGUAAAAUAAUCAGUUAUUGCCUCAGUACAUAGUUGUGUGGUCAAUAAAAUAAUUCAAUAA